AUGUCUCAACGCGACUCAGCUUCGCCACAUCCGCAGGCCUCGCCGGGGAUGGCCAAGCAGGAGCCCGUGCUGUUGCCCGGCCGGGAAAAGUCGCCGCCCCAGCAGCUCCAGUUCCACCAGGAGUUCCCCAACAACAGUUUCAAGCGCACUUCCACGUCGGCCAUGACGCCACCAAUCUCCAAAAAGCCGAAAAUGGCGCCGCAGACCUUCAACAACUACAAUGCGUCUAACUAUGGCCAGUUCCAGGCGUCACCCAUGAACUCGGGCGCAAAUACACCCAUUCCACAGCAACAAAACAUGCCGCAGAACCAACAGACACAGAACCAACAACAGGGAGGCCCCGGCGGACAGGGACCCGGACAACCACUCGAUCCUGAUCAGCUCAGUGACGUCAUUUCGGCGGUGGGUCUUGAUCUCAAGCAGGAGGAGGCGCUGUUGCAACAGGGAGUGCCCCAGGCCGGCUACGGCAUGCAGCAGCAGCAAUACGGAUACAGACAGCAGGGACACGCGCUGCUGGACCAGAAACGGGUGGCGUACACGGUCCGACAGCUAAGCCAGGAAGCUGGCCUGCGAUUCAACAGUGAUAGAGCCGGAGAAACGGCUUUGCUCAUCUCGCACGCCUGUGAGGAGUGGCUCAACCAGAUUCUGACUCAGGCGCUGGUUCUGUCGCGACAUAGACGGCGAUCGAGAAACUCGGUGCACAGUAGCCUGUCACGUGCGCUCAAGGGUAUCGCUGUCAAAGACAAGGAGCGGGAGGACAAGCGAGCAGAGCGCAAGAACCUGCUGGGUCUGGAUCACGCGGAACCCGAGUCUGCAGCCAACCCCGAGGACCAGCAGCACAAGGCUGCCAACAUGACGGCCGCCAUGAUGUCUUCGGGCAAAAAGAAGUACUCGUGGAUGGCAGGAGGCGUGGGAGCCAGUGCUGGAGGAAUGCGAAUGGGCCAGACAGGCGGAGGCAGAGGCGACUCGGCGAUAAAGACACGAGAAGCCAAGGAAGAACCCGGAGUGGCCCUCAGAGAUUUGCUGGGAGCCCUAGAGAAGGAGAGAGCAGGAGUGGAAAAGGCCAUCGUGAAGGGCUAUGCCAAGUUGAGAAAUUAA